GUAAUCACAAGGGGGUAAUCACAAGAGGGUGGCUGUUAAAACUUCUGUCGCCUCCUGUAAUGCCAUCAUUCCUCCCUCCACACAUUCAUUGUACUAGACGCUUUCCACCUCGUUCAUGUGCCGUCGCUAUCAAUCAUGAAAUACACCGCCGCAACGCUCCUGGCUCUGGUCGCAGUCUCCAACGCGGCCCACUGCAACGCUGGAUGGGGCAUGCCAUCGGGUGCUUCAUGUCCAGGCUCAUACCCCAAUGUCUACUGUUGCCAAGAGCCCGGAAGUAUUAGGGGCCCUUACUAUCAAUACAGAACGUGCUCCUACCCUGGACGAAAUGGACAGCCGGUCUUGGAAUCCUGCCUAGGCGAUGGCUAUGUGCAAUGCUGCCCUUGAGUACCUGUUCUCAACUGUGAGCGUAGGACUACUGUGACGCAGGCACAGUUGAACUUUUGUCAUAGGGCUGUGUCUGAACAGUAAUGAGCUGCCUAGAUCCCCUGUUCUGACAGUCCAUACUUGAGAACAAGUGUUCAAGUAAGCACGGCUAUUGUCCACAAUUCGGAAGAAGAAUUGCUUUUUGUGCCAGGAUAGGAGGCUCUUCACCGUCUGAGAAACUUCCCAGGAAGACACCGUUGGACAUGGAACAUAUUUGAUGAGCCUCUUACACUACAGUUGGGUAUCAAGGUUGGAAGGGCUGUUGAUUGUAGGAACCUGUAUUAUG